AUGGAUAUUGACGGUUCUUCAGUUGGAGAGAUCGAUCAAAAUUUAUUAUUACAAUUUAGUUGUAUGAACACAACAGAUAGAGAUGAACUUAUUAAUCAAAUGCAGAGACUCUUGGGUCCUAGUAUGAAUUAUAACACAGCCAGCUUCUUUUUGGACAUGAGUAAUUGGAAUUUACAAACAGCAAUAUGUUGUUAUUUAGAUUAUACAUUACCACCUAAACUGCCAUCCAUGUCACUUAAAGCUGCGCAAACUCAAGAGGCUGCUGUAGGACCUGGUGCAUGUUUUGAACAAAGUUGGAACAUUGCUAACACUGGUGCAGAAGGUUGGCCAGGCAGCUGUAGACUGGUUCAAGGUGGUGGUGAGCCACUUGGUGCCACUGCUGUCUAUGUUCCACCCUUACCUGCAGGACAUUCCACUACAGUUACAUUAAAGUUAGUUGCGCCAACAACACCGGGCACUCACAGAGGAUAUUUCCAUUUGGUGACUGACAAAGGAGAUCAAAUAGGAGAUACUUUGUGGGUGGAAAUUACUGUGGAAUCAGAGAUUACAAUGGCACUAGUAGAACAACUGGCUGCUUUACCCGUCCCAAGUAGUAAUGGUCAGAUGCCGCCCCAAGAUGAUCAGAUGUGUUGAUGAAUAGCAGUCACAAGAUGUUUUGUAAAAUUUUCAUUAAUCUAAC